AUGCGCUACAUUAUCGAGGGUGAAGGCGGCUUCACAGCCGUGCACGGUAAAAGAAUCCAAAUGAAGAAAGGAGACGUGAUCCUAACACCAACCUGGAACUAUCAUGAUCACGGCAAGGAUGGUUCGGGACCCAUGAUAUGGCGGCUUGAUGGUCUGGAUUUGCCCAGUUUCAGACACUUUCCAGUUCAUUUUGUGGAACAUUUUGAACAGCCUUGGUAUCCGGCUGAGAAUAUAGAUACUAGCUCAUCGCCAAUUGUGUUUCCCUGGGUCCAGAUGAAGGCGCGGCUAGACGCAGCACCGGGCGAUUGGGCUGCGCAGAGAUAUUUGAAAGCGAAUGGUCAUGAAGUGAGCCGUGUACUUGGCGGUGCUGCUGAACGAUUGAAUGCCAAAACUUCAAGCCCCUCACGUCGAGAGACAUUGUCCUCUGUCUAUCAUGUCAUCUCAGGAAGCGGCUAUACCACUGUAGGAGGAACAAAGCUCGAAUGGAAGACGGGGGAUACGUUCGCUAUACCUUCCUGGCAUAAAUACCAGCAUUUUGCGAAUGCGGUAGAAAUGGUAUAUCUGUAUCGUUUCGAUGAUAAGCCUAUGAUUACAGCUUUGGGCUUCUUCUGCGAGGAGGGGGUGGACGUGGAAAAGCUUGUUUCGGAGUAG